AUGAAAGAAUCUGAUUUCCGCCCUGAAUACCAUUCGAUAUCCUGCGAAUUACGUGCUCUGGCGAUGAUGGUUCACAAUGGGAUUAGAAAUGGGGAGUCAAUUAAUGGUGGGAUUGAGUAUUCUGGUAGAAGAGAUAAGAAGCUGAAGAGAAAGAAAGGAGACACAAAAGAUGAUGUGAAGACUCCUUAUAAUCUUGGAGUUAUUGUUGAGUCUUUGAAAAGGAGGGAUACAAAGAAGCUUGAGAGCCUGAGGAAAUUCGUGUCUGUUGCUUACUAUGUGGAGAGGAAUGAGAAUCCAAGGUACAUGUUGAGGAGCAUAAGUAAAGAGAACAAUAAGCCUCAUUUGCUUGUUUACAAUUAUGAGAGCAUGUGCUUGCAAGUGAAAAGAAACUCACUUCUUGGAUGGUUAAGAAAAUUUAAAUUUUAG